AUGGCCAGGCAGGCUGGUGCACGGAAAAUAAUCGCUGUAAAUCAGCCAAGUGGUCGGCCUGGGAUUAUCCGAGGAUGGCUGGAUGAGUAUCCGGCCUCGUUUGACGAUGCCGACCACAUCAUUAUUGGUCAGGCUGAAGGAGGUGAUCAGACUGCGGCUGCUGAAGCCCAAGCUAUACUUGUCAAUUGUUUGCGUAAUCAUGGACGCGAUGUGAUUUCGAUGCCUGAUUCGGCUCGAUUAUUCGAGCUUAUCUCCAUGGCGGCAGAUGACAUGGCCUCAGCAGUGGAACAGGCGGCUCUGUCUAGAAUUUCUGUCGCCGAUAUUCAGUCAUUCACUGAACACCUGCAAAAAAGCAAGCGAAUUCUAGCUUUACUUGGGGCUGGGCUCUCUGCAUCCUCGGGACUACCUACCUUCCGAGGUGCUGGUGGGCUCUGGCGAUCAUUUGAUGCCACGGCGCUGGCCUCCCCAGAAGCUUUCGAAAAUAACCCGGGACUAGUGUGGCAAUUUUACAGCUAUCGCCGACAUAUGGCUCUUGGCGUAGAGCCAAACAAGGCACACUACGCACUUGCUGAACUAUCUCGAAAGAAGAAGAACUUUAUCACGCUAUCCCAAAAUGUCGAUGGGUUGUCGCCGAGAGCGCAGCACCCACCUGAUCAGCUACAUUUACUGCAUGGAUCUCUCUUUGAUAUCAAAUGUAAUGAAUUCUAUUGCAAUUACGCGCGUGAAAACGAUUUUACAGAUCCGAUCGUUCCUGCCCUUGAAAUUCCCAAAAAAGGGUUGAACUUACCUGCCUCAAGGGAGAACGAGGUCGAUAUUGCAGAUGCAGCAAAUCCAGUUCCCGAAUUGGCGGUUGCUGACCUCCCCAGGUGUCCUAAGUGUGGCGGGCUCCUCCGACCAGGUGUGGUUUGGUUUGGAGAGCCACUUCCUGGUGAUACUAUCAAAACUGUCGAUGACUGGAUUGAUGAAGGCCCAAUUGACCUGAUGCUGGUCAUUGGAACAAGCUCUAAGGUCUAUCCUGCCGCAGAAUAUACGGACACUGCUCGCAAAGCUGGCGCCCGAAUAGCGGUGAUUAACAUGGAUCCGAAUGAUAAGCCGCGUAAGGGUCUGAAGAAUCACGACUGGUUUUUCCAGGGCGAUGCUGCGGUCAUCGUGCCAGAGCUGCUGAAGGGCGUUAUUGGAGAAGUUUGA